UGUGGGAGGAUCAUGACAACCAGUAAGACAAGCUGUUAAACUCUCUUUGUAGAAGCAUUCAAUGCCCUGUCGGACAGAAUGGAAUUUCUCUUUGUCACUUUACUUUUACUUCUGACAAUAAUAUAUCCAUCCAGUGGUGUUGUCAACAUUGUUCAGGAACCCAAAAUGUCAUUUGUCAACCUGAAUUCGUCUGUGACAUUGAAAUGUGACCACGAUAACACUGACCACUACAGGAUGUCCUGGUACAGACAAACAGGAGAAAAACAGGAUCUGGAGUUACUGGCAUUUUCUAUGGGUCAAAAUAGUGUAAACAUUGAGCCACCGUUUGAUAAAACGGACAAAUAUAAAUUCACCCGACCUGAAGUGAAGAAGGGCAUGCUGCAGAUUAAGAAUAUGGAAGCUAGAGACUCUGCUAUAUACUUCUGUGCUACAAAUGGGAGAAAUACUCCAGCAUACUUCGGAGCUGGGACCAAACUCACUGUUCUAGAUCCUAAAAUUACUCCCUCAAAACCCACAGUGAGAAUACUAAAGCCUAUUUUAAACGAAGAGUGUAGGAAGGAAACGGUCACCGUGGUGUGUGUGGCUGACAACUUUUACCCUGACCAUGUAAAGGUGUCCUGGACAGUUGGUGGAGUAGUCCGAACUGAUGGAGUCGCAACAGACAGCGCUGCCACCCAAAAUUCAGAAAACAAAUACAACAUCACCAGUAGACUGAGCAUCUCUUACAAAGAGUGGAUCAAGGAGGCAGAAAUCAAUUGUACUGUGACCUACACAGACCCUGAGACAAACAACCAGACAAGUGUAACUGAAUAUAUCAAAGGGCCAAAACGUGUAGACAGUGAAGAAGAAGCAGAAAAAUAUGUACCCAGAGGAAAAACCAUGCUGCUAGCCUAUGGUGCAUUCAUCAUCAAAGGUUUCCUGUAUGGCCUUUUCAUCAUGGUGGUCAUCAGAAGACAGGGUUUCAUGUCAAAAUAAAGGAGAUCAGAGCCAUGUGAUCCUGAGGGGAAGCUGAUAUUUUGUCACAUGACAGAAGAGGAUCCAUUUAUGGCAUCAUUUUAAGAUGAGCUUUGUGUAUAAAUGCAUGAUUAUUGUUUUGCAAUCACUAGCGUACUUCACAGUUCUGCCCUUAAUUGUGUUACACUGUGUGCUUUUGAUUUAUCAGUAGCUUUGUUUGCCAAAUGUAAAUCUUAUUUGUAGAAUAAUGUUAGCCGUAUAUUGUCACUGUUGGAGCAAAACAUUGUGUCCCCAAAAUGAUCCAUCCAUCCAUCCAUUUUCUAAGCCGCUUCCCCGUCAGGGUCACGGGGGGUGCUGGAGCCUAUCCCAGCAGUCUUCGGGCGGAAGGCAGGAUACACCCUGGACAGGUCGCCAGUCCAUCGCAGGGCAUCUCCAAAAUGAUAACUUUUCAAAAUAAGGGAAGAAAUAUGUAUAUUUAGUACAAAAGAGUGUCAAAUGAGAUUCUUGCAGGUGAUGCACUUUUAUAAAACAUUUAAAUGGACAAAUUUUUAGAGAACUUCAGAGGAUUUUUGUAAGUGAGAAGUAUAAAUGUGAAGAACCUUUUCAAAGAUUAAAUAAUCUCCCCAUAAUGUGAAGGUUCUAGGCCGAACCUUUAAAGAGAAAUAGGAUCUUAGCAUUAUGGUUGAGGUAUUGCCAUAUCUGUUCUUCAAAGAUGGUUCUUUAGGGAACCAAACAUGGAUUUUCUACUACCUUAAAGAGCCAUUUUGGCAUAUUUAUUAUUGAGAGUAUAAGUAAAUGCAAAAGGAUUUCAUUUCAAAUUGUUGGACUUUUCCUUGGCCCAUUCAUCAUAGAAUAUUUACAGAAUGUAUAUGCCAGCUAACAUGUUAAAUUAAAUGGGGAAAAAAGACUUUAAAUAGGGAGCUGUUUCUACAGUGGCAAUAUUCACAAUCAUUCAUUUUUUAAUCCUUCUUUUAGUGUAGUAUAAGCAUUGUUAAAGCUUGAGAAAUCUUGCUUUUUUGUUUUGUUUCAUUUUUACAUUAAAAUUUAUUAAUUAAAUCAAAUUA